GACAUCUCCUGAGACGGAAGGAGUACAGCUCUUGGCACCAAUUGGCUAAUUCAAUUUACUUCAGCAGCAUUAACCUCUGUCAGAAUAUUCAUGAGGAGGAGAAUGAGAAGCUGUGGCACAAGCAGGCAGAAUCCACUUAGAGGGAGAGAGAGAGCAUGUGAAUGAACAAGGUCCCUGCACCAAUCUACCGUAGAAUAUCGAUCUGCAGCCUCCACAGCUCAGUCUCUGAGCGGUUCGCUCGCAGAUUACACAGAGGAUUGUACAGAAGCCCAGAACGGAGAUCAGCUAAACACAGGAGGGCUGCAUCCAUCACAAGCCAUCUCUGACAAACAGGUGGCACACCAUCUAGUGAUCCUCCGGAAAAAAAGAAGUGGAUUCUCUGAUCAAACGAUCUAGAAAAGUCAUCUACAACAGAUCUGAGGCAGUCUAAGAGAAGACAGUUAACUGGAAGACCUACUAAGGUACCUUGCUUGGGCUUCACAGAUAUUGACGCUUCUGCACGAGAAGAAUCUAAAAGAUAAGAAGGCAAAGGGAAAAAAAGCAAAGCAGCUUCCUAGGUAUCUAUCGUUGCUCGCAACCACCAUCAAAGCAAGUCACCCAAGAUCAAAUACCUUAUCCAAGUCGUCCUAUUUAUUUUAACACUCAGCAAUAAAGCACUUUAAAAAAAAAAGACACACAAAUUGACAAGAAACUUCAACAGAAUGAGAAAUGGAGAAAAUGUCCUGUGUUUGUGUGUAUACUGGAUGUUGCUGUUGGACUUGACAAAUUCAGCUUUUGGAUUUUCAAAUCCACUCAUCAGAAUGUUGGAUGGCAACUCAGAGAGUAAACAGUUGCUACAUCACAGAGUCAAGAGAAGCUGGGUAUGGAACCAAUUCUUUGUUCUGGAAGAGUACACAGGAACAGACCCUCUCUAUGUUGGCAAGCUUCACUCAGAUAUGGACAAAGGAGAUGGAUCCAUCAAAUACAUUCUUUCUGGUGAUGGAGCGGGAACCAUGUUUACAAUUGAUGACACUACAGGAGACAUCCAUGCAAUUCAAAGGCUCGAUCGAGAAGAAAGGUCUCAAUAUACCCUAAGAGCACAGGCUCUGGACAGAAGAACUAGCAGGCCUAUGGAACCAGAAUCUGAGUUCAUCAUCAAAAUCCAAGAUAUAAAUGAUAAUGAACCCAGGUUUCUUGAUGGACCUUAUACAGCUUCAGUGCCAGAGAUGUCACCAGUUGGUACCUCUAUUAUCCAGGUGUCAGCAACAGAUGCAGAUGAUCCUACUUAUGGAAGCAGUGCGAGGGUUGUGUAUAGUAUUUUGCAAGGACAGCCAUAUUUUUCUGUGGACUCUAAAACAGGUAUAAUUAGAACAGCUUUAACCAACAUGGACAGAGAAGCAAGAGACUCUUACGAGGUGAUUAUCCAAGCAAAGGAUAUGGGUGGCCAGCUAGGGGGAUUGGCCGGAACAACCACUGUUAAUAUCACACUCAGCGAUGUGAAUGACAACCCACCUCGAUUUCCUCAGAAGCACUACCAAAUGAAUGUUUUGGAAUCGGCACCCAUAAAUUCUACAGUGGGGAGAGUAUUGGCAAUGGAUCUGGAUGAAGGCGUCAAUGCAGAAAUGAAAUACAGUAUUAUUGAUGGAGAUGGGAUGGACUUCUUUGAUGUUAGCACAGAUCCUGCCUAUCAAGUUGGAGUUAUCACAGUUAAAAAGACUCUGAAUUUUGAAAAAAAGAAAACCUACACCCUAAAAAUUGAGGGUGCUAACACACAUUUGGAAGUACGGUUUCUAAACCUUGGUCCAUUUCGUGAUACUACUUUUGUGCAUAUCACAGUGGAAGAUGUGGAUGAGCCUCCUGUGUUUGAGUCAAGUUUUUAUUAUGUAGAAGUUUCGGAAAAUGUUGAUAUUGGAACCACAAUACAGCUUGUUUCUGCAAAAGACCCAGAUGUGACCAACAACUCAAUCAGGUAUUCUAUUGACAGAAACAGUGACCCCGGGAGGUAUUUUUAUGUGGAUGUUCCUACAGGGGCAUUGAUGACAGCCAGGCCUUUGGACAGAGAGGAAGUGUCCUGGCACAAUAUCACAAUUUUAGCAAUGGAGAUGAAUAACCCAUCACAGGUUGGAAGUGUGCCUGUUACAAUUAAAGUUUUAGAUGUUAAUGACAAUGCCCCGAUUUUCACCAAAUUCUAUGAGACUUUCAUGUGCGAAAAUGCAAAGGCUGGACAGCUGAUUCAGACUGUAAGCGCAAUAGACCAAGAUGACCCACAAGAGGGUCAGCAUAUCUACUAUAGCUUGGCUCCAGAGGCAGCUAAUAACCCAAAUUUCACUUUAAGAGACAACCAAGAUAACACAGCUUGGGUUCUUACAAGAAGAUCAGGAUUCAAACAGACUGAGCAGAGCACUUUUUACAUCCCGAUCCUUAUAGCAGAUAAUGGACAGCCCAUGAUGAGUAGCACUGGUACCUUGACCGUCCAAGUAUGCAGUUGUGAUGAUGAGGGUGAUAUCAUGUCCUGCAGCGCUGAACCAUACACAUUACCCAUAAGCCUCAGCAGAGGAGCUCUGAUUGCUAUUCUCGCCUGCAUAUUCGUAUUAUUAGUAUUGGUCCUGCUUAUCUUAUCCAUGAGGAGACACAGAAAGAAACCAUACACUAUUGAUGAAGAGGACAAUGUUCAUGAAAAUAUUGUGAGGUAUGAUGAUGAAGGAGGAGGAGAAGAAGACACUGAGGCCUUUGAUAUCUCAGCUAUGUGGAACCCAAGAGAAGCUCAUGUGGGGAAAAUUAGACAAGACAUGCAGCCUGAAAUCGAAAGCCUAUCGCGGCAUGUGCCUCAGACAUGCAUGAUGGACAACAAUGUUCACAACUAUAUGCUAGCUAAACUCUACGAAGCAGACACAGAUGUCUGCGCACCUCCAUUCGAUUCCCUACAAACCUAUAUGUUUGAAGGAGAAGGUUCUGUUGCUCAGUCGUUAAGUUCGUUGCAGUCAUUGAGUACAGACUCUGAGCAGAGUUAUGACUACCUUACUGACUGGGGUCCACGUUUUAAAAAGCUUGCCGAAAUGUACGGUGCCAAGGAUAACAAUGUGUCUUUGUGAUAACAGGAUGGAGUAACAAAAAUGUAUUUUAUGCAGGGCACUGAGCCCCUACCAGAUAUGGAUUUUCUUAUGAAUUAAAGGGAAGAUACAUCAUGGAGAUGGAUUAACAUAACCACAUGACCAGAAUUGGAUGACGGGGCAAAAGCUCGCUGUGGACCAGCUUUAUUUGGCCAGCAUGAUGAAGUACAUGUUUAAAAACCACAAAUAUUAGAAGAAUAAACAAGAUGAAAACAGUUCCUGGACUUUAAAGGACUUAGAGCCAAAAGGAUCCCAGCAUAAUAUGAUAACAUCAUGUAUUUUUAUAGAACAUCCAUUUCUUUGUUAAAUAUACCCUUUCAGCCUGUGGGUACAAGAGGGUUUUGGUAUGCAUCUAUAAACCCUUUGUCACUUACGGGGUUAAAACACCAGCAUGAAAUGCUGUUUAUCAAAAGAAAAUAUUAUACCUAAUAAAUGAUGCAUACACUUAUGAUAGAUUUGUUCCACAAAAGUAAACAAAGCCAACAAGAA